AUGGCUUCUUCAUCAAUUGACGAAUUAUCAAAAAAUCCAUUGUACAAAGAUAUUACUCCUCAUCAAUGGCCAAUAAUUUAUUCUUCAAAUUAUAAUAUUGGUUUUCUUUAUAUGGAAAAACUUCAUCCAUUUGAUUCAUCGAAAUGGGGAUCAAUUAUAAAUUUUCUUCAACAAGCAAAAAUGAUUACAAAUGAUACAAUUGUAACACCAAAUGAAGCAACAACAAAUGAUCUUCUUCUAGUACAUACAAAACAUUAUUUAUCAAGUCUUAAAUGGAGUAUACAAGUUGCACGUGUACUUGAAGUACCAUUAGUUGCUAUGUUACCUAAUUUUAUUGUACAAUGGCGUAUUCUUAAACCAUUACGAUAUCAAACUGGUGGAACUGUACUUGCAGGAAAAUUAGCAUUAGAACGUGGUUGGUCAAUAAAUAUUGGUGGUGGUUUUCAUCAUUGUUCAUCGGAUAGUGGUGGUGGAUUUUGUGCUUAUGCUGAUAUAACAUUACUUAUUAUAAAUCUUUUUACUUAUUAUUCUAAUCAAAUAAAAAAAGUUCUUAUUAUUGAUUUAGAUGCUCAUCAAGGUAAUGGAUAUGAACGAGAUUUUAUGAAUGAUGAUAGAGUAUAUAUAAUGGAUAUGUAUAAUCGUCAGAUUUAUCCUCAUGAUCAUCAAGCUAAAAAUGCAAUCAGAUGUAAAAUUGAAUUAGAAAAUUAUACUAAUGAUAAAAUAUAUCUUCGUUUAUUACAUAUAAAUCUUGAAAAAUGUUUAAAUGAAUUUCAACCAAAUUUUAUUGUUUAUAAUGCUGGAACAGAUAUACUUCAAGGUGAUCCACUUGGAAAUCUUGAUAUUACACCAGAAGGUAUAAUUAUUCGUGAUGAAAUUGUUUUUUCAAAAUGUAUUCGAGAACGAAAUAUUCCAAUUGUUAUGUGUACAUCCGGGGGAUAUCAAAGAACAAAUGCAAGAAUUAUUGCAGAUUCAAUAUUAAAUUUAUUUAAAAAAAAAUUAAUCUCAUGUUAA